AUGAUCGACUCGAUUUACGCCCAUUCGACGGUAUUCUCCAACCCAUCGGCGAAAUACAAAUCGAUCGCCUUCGAUUAUCUCCUCAUCACCGCCGUUUCCGCCCUUCUAGUAUGGUGUGUCCAAUUCCUAUGGACCAGAAGACGAUUGUACUCUUUCGCCAAGCAGGUACAUGGACCUCCGGCCCUUCCACUCAUCGGCUCCGCUUGGUAUUUCACCGGCAGUGCUUACGAUAUUUUAGCGAAUAUUUCGAGUUUGUUCGAAACGUAUCCGGGGGUGUUCAAGGUGUGGUUUGGACCCAGGCUAUUUUUCGCGACGGCUGAACCGAAACAUUACGAAAUUUUGAUGACCAAAUGCCUGGCGAAAGAGGAGCUGUAUAAUAAGGCUGUUAUGGUGGUGGGUAAAGGGCUUUUCACCGCGGAAGUUCCGAGUUGGAAGAAGCACAGGAAAUUAAUUUCCCCGACGUUCAAUCAACAAAUUUUGGACAGUUUCGUCGAGGUGUUUUCCGAGCAAGCCGAUGUGUUGGUGGGAAAUUUGGAAAAGCACGCUGGAAAAGGGGAGUUUGAUGUAUUUCAUGCCAUUUCCACGUGCACUUUGGACAUCAUUUGCGAGACUGCGAUGGGAGUGAAAGUUAACGCUCAAACCACAGAUGCGCUUUACACCCAAUGGACAGAUAGAAUGAUGGAAAUAGUGUUGCUAAGAAUUUUCAUUUUAUGGUACCACCCCGAUAAGCUGUUCAAUAUGUUGCCGAUUGGUAGAGAAGCCAGCAGGAUUGUGAGGAACAUGCACGAAUUUUCCGGGAAAGUUGUUAGGGAGAAGAAAAAGGCGUUCGAACAGAAGAAAAGAGAAAGGGAAAAUUCGCUGGACUCUCAUCACGAGGAAAUGCCCCGUAAAAGGAAGGCGUUUUUAGAUUACAUGCUGGAAAUAACAGACGAUGAAAACGUAGCUUUUUCGGAAAACGAACUCAGACAAGAAGUAGAUACAUUUGUUAUUGCGGGUUCCGACACGACAGCUUCUACUAAUUGUUAUGUCCUCACCAUGCUCGGUUUGCAUCAAGAUUUACAAGAAAAAGUCCUGAGAGAAAUCUUAGACGUCCUUGGCCCCGACCGAAAACCGGAACCCGGGGAUUUACCAAAGCUGAAAUACUUGGAGCGUUUCAUCAAGGAAGCCCUGAGGUUGUUUCCUGUUGCAGGAUUUUUAGCGCGCGCUAUAGAAGAGGAUAUUGACGUAGGAAAUUGCAUCAUACCAGCGGGAUCUUCUGUAGUGUUCGGCAUACUGAGAACCCACAGGAACGAAAAAUACUGGCCGGAUCCCUGCAAAUUCGAUCCGGAUAGGUUUUUACCCGAAGAAGUGGCCAAAAGACACCCUUGCACUUACGUGCCCUUCUCGUACGGCCCCAGGAAUUGCAUUGGUCCGAAAUACGCCAUGAUGGCGAUGAAAUCUCUACUUUCCACGGUGUUGAGGAAAUAUAAAAUAUUCACAACGUACAAAAGCGUGGAAGAUAUCAAAUUGAAAGCGCAUUUAGUUCUGAGGCCUCGAGAUGGGUACAAAGUUUACAUAGAACGUCGAAAUCUACAAGUAUGA